GACCAUCUAUCCGCCACCAACUUGCUAGAAGUGUCACCAUGUUCACAACAUUUUCUAGACGCGCAGUUCGUAACAGAAGGCUUUUCUCGGUUCGCGCUGCUCUUCGGGAUUCUAAUUCAGCUUUACCACUGCGUUCCGUUGCCGAAGAAACACAUGAUGUAACAACCAUGGACGAGUUAUUGAAAGUGGUUAGGACCCGCUCCGAUCCUGCGUAUCAUUCGAUUAUGCCCAUGCGGACCCCAGUCAGGUGGUCGGAGACAUUGCUAAAUACUGCGCCUAAGCCUGGAGAAGAGGCUACUGUUCAGUCAACGCCUAUCGAUUUGACUCCAAGAUAUAUGCAUGACUCUUACUCAGAGCUCAUACUUCCAUUUGGGUCUUCGCCGGAAUUAUUGGAAGAAUACACAAACGCCCAUGGCACGAUAAGAACCGGCAAGCUCAUGGAGCAUCUCGAUUCACUGGCAGGGUCAAUUUCCUACAAACAUACGCUUGGACCAGGCGUUGAGACCCUUGGUCGCAUUAAAGAAAGGGGUUUCUACAUCGUUACUGCGUCGGUGGACAGACUUGAUAUGCUCGCCAGCUUAGACCCCACCAGAGACCUUCGUCUCAGCGGUCAGGUCAUAUACACCGGCAAGAGCUCUAUGGAAGUAGCUGUGCAAAUGGAAAGUAUUGGCGGUGGAAUGUUUGAAAAAACUGUACUUCUUGGCCGUUUCUCUAUGGUAUGCCGCGAUGCCAACACCCACAAAGCGCGAAAAGUAAACCCUCUGAUUAUCAGCACUCCGGAAGAAGAAGCAUUGUAUGCUAUGGGUGAAGACAUGAAACGGCGACGUCAGUCAGUAGCCCUGCGUUCUCUAGACCGUCAUUGCACUUCGUUCUAUCUCAACUAUGGGCUAAACGAAGCCAAGGUUAUCGAUCGUGUCUGGAUGGGAGACACUCGCGUAGAAAAGUGCAUGCUCAUGUUUCCACAGGAACGGAAUGUUCAUCAAAAGGUCUUCGGUGGAUACCUUAUGAGAUUGGCAUAUGAGCUCGGCUUUGCCAACUGCAGCAUGUUCGCCCGAGGCCCCAUACGUUUCUUGUCGCUGGACGGUAUCUCCUUCGCUCAGCCUGUUCCCAUCGGGUCCAUCCUCCGUUUGACAUCAUACAUCUUACACUCGACCACAUCAAUCCAGUUUCCCAUGAUCGCCCACGUCGGAGUCACAGCCAACGUCGUAGAUGUGAAGACCGGCUCCGAGCACACGACGAACGAGUUUAGAUUUACCUGGGCUAAAGAAGAGGGACACCAUCUCUCCCGAAAGGUUGUGCCAAAGACCUAUAAAGAGGCGAUGCUCUGGCUUGAAGGAAAGAGAGCACUUGAACUCGGAGAUCAGAUCCGUGGUAUGCGGAAUUAUAUCAAGGAAUAACCAGAU